UCUUCACUCAUAUCCUCUCUCUCUCUCUUAGUGUGUGUGUGUGUUUUUUGUAUGGCUCAAACAACUCCAAACCACACACAGACUGUUUCAGGAUGGGCAGCUCAUGAACCCUUCGGCAAGAUCACGCCGUAUGUUUUCAAAAGGAGAGAAAAUGGAGACAACGAUGUUACCAUCGAAAUUCUAUAUUGUGGGAUGUGUCAUACAGAUCUUCAUUACAUCAGAAAUGAUUGGGGCAUCACCAUGUAUCCUGUUGUUCCCGGGCAUGAAAUAACUGGGAUAAUAACAAAGGUGGGCAGAAAUGUAAGCAAAUUCAAGGUGGGGGAUAGGGCAGGAGUUGGGUGUUUGGCAGCAACUUGCUUGAAGUGUGAAUACUGUAAAGAUGGCCAAGAAAACUAUUGUGAUCAAGUUCAGUUUUCUUACAAUGGCAUCUUUUGGGAUGGCAGCAUCACUUAUGGAGGCUACUCAAAGUUUCUGGUUGCAGAUCAUAGAUAUGUUGUUCGAGUGCCGGAAAGCGUGCCGAUGGAUUCAGGAGCACCCCUAUUGUGUGCAGGAAUAACUGUGUAUUGUCCCAUGAAAGACAACAACCUAUUGGAUUCACCUGUGAAAAGAAUUGGAAUUGUUGGAUUGGGAGGCCUUGGCCAUGUUGCAGUGAAAUUUGGGAAGGCAUUUGGGCACCAUGUAUCAGUAAUCAGCACAUCACCAUCCAAAGAGAAAGAAGCUAAAGAGAGAUUGGGUGCAGAUGAUUUCAUCAUAAGCACCAAUGCUGAACAGAUGCAGUCAAAGAAAAGGACCCUAGACUUUAUUUUGGAUACAGUAUCAGCCAAGCACUCUUUGGGACCACUAUUGGAGUUGUUGAAAGUCAAUGGAACUUUGGUGAUUGUCGGUGCACCUGAUAAGCCUGUGGAUUUACCAUCCUUCCCCUUGAUAUUUGGCAAAAGAGUUGUGAAAGGUAGCAUGAUAGGAAGCAUAGAAGAGACACAAGAAAUGAUGGACGUGUGCGGAAAGCACAACAUAACAUGUGACGUUGAGAUGGUAUCCACAGAUCAAAUUAAUGAAGCUCUUGACCGACUUGCAAAGAAUGAUGUGAAGUAUCGGUUUGUCAUUGACAUUGCUGGGAAAUCGUCAAAUCUUUAGAGCUCAUUACACUUGCUACUUUUGCAUUUAUAAGAGAUUUUAGCUUUACAUAUUUUCAUGUGCUCAAAAAGAAAUUAAACCUUGAAGGCCGUCACAUAAUAUUAUUUAUGACAGGUAGUAUUAUAACCGGCGUCAACACAAUUGCACAAAUCUUGGAACUGUAUUUUUCGAUGGUUGUUUUGGAACUAUAAUGUUCGAUGGUUGUUAUCACAAAUAAUGGGAUCUAUUUAUUUAUUGAA